AUGCUUGGGGCUAAUGUGCAAUUCACUAAGCCUGAGAUAUUCUUUGGUCAUACCAGAUUUGCAGCAGAUGUUUUUCAUGACCUACAUGAGCAAGUUAUAACUACAUCGGCUAGGGGGCGUAAGGUACUGACUCGAGUACAAAACAUUGAAGCAGCACUUCCGUCUCUUGAAAAAGCUGUGAAGAAUCAGAAGAGCCAUAUACAUUUUGCUUAUGUACCAGGCUCUGACUGGCACACACAACUUCAAAACGAGCAAAAUCAUCUCCUAUCCAGUGAUUUGCCUCGGUUUAUGAUGGAUUCCUAUGAAGAAUGUCGAGACCCUCCACGACUUUACCUUCUCGACAAAUUCGAUAAUGCUGGUGCUGGGGCUUGUUUGAAGAGAUAUUCUGACCCAUCAUACUUCAAGAAAUCAUGGGAUGUGAUGAGAGCAGACAAGACUGCACAUCUCCAAAAAGAAAGGAAAUCUCAUAAAAUCAAGAGAAAAGGAUCACGCCUAAAAGAACCAUAUCAUGGACAAGCCACAUCCAGGCAUAGGAAUGGUGAAUUGCAGCGCGCACUCACUGCUGUUCAACUUACCAGCAGCAGGCAGUGUGCAUCUCCCAGCAUGGAUGGCCGGAGUUUUUCAGAGCAUAGAUCUACAUCUGAUGCAAGAUCCAACCCUGACAAUAUAAGCAGAUCUUCUUCAUUCAGUUCAAAGGCACGACUAAGUUUUGCAGAACAAGCUUCAGAUACAAAACCUUCUGUAGUUCCUCAUGAGAAUGGUCAUGGCAAGCUGUCAAAUACUGAUACGCACAAGCUUAAUGAUGGCUCUUCUCCCAUCUUGCUUAGCGGGAACAGGGAAGAUGAUCUGGGUGAUGAUUCGAAGCAAGGUUCCCUGUCAGAUGAGAUGAAUGCUAGGUCACCUUCUGUUGAAUGGCAUGAAAAGACUGCAAUUGUUAUGACUACAAGUUCUGUCUACUGUGAUGAUGUUGUCAUGGACAGGGCUGAAAGUGCAGAAACUAAACAUAUUAAGCCCGUGCAGCGAGAAUUUGAUCAUAGUGAGAUGGAGACCUUGGAGCAGCAGGGGGCCUUACUUCAGAAGGCAAAGUUGUUACUAUCAUCAGGCUUAAACCACCGUGAUGAAGUCCCCAGUGAAACAGAUAACUACAUGGAUGCACUUAACACACUUGAAUCCGAGACAGAGACUGAAGUUGACUUUCAAACUAAAAAACAAGGGAAGCCAGUACAUUCCUUCAAUGCUCAUGCACCUCAAAUAGAGUCGGCAGAUAAUAUCGUCUCACAGCUUCCUGAUUCUUCUCCCGCUGAGUUUCCUGAUACAAGUCCAAAUUCCAGAAUGUUACAUACUUUUGAAAGAACUGCCAAUUUCCCCAGUUUGUCAAGUGCAGAUGCUCCGGAUAUUUCACAGCAUACAUUGUCAGGUUAUACAGAUAUACAUCCUAAUGAAUGGUCAUCUGUUACCACCAUCCCUGAGAAUAAUGCAAAUGAGGCUGCUGGAGACCCCACUGAAAUUUCAGAACCGGCACUGCAAGCAUAUACAGCUACACCACCCAAUCAAAGCCCCCCUCAUGCAAAUGACAUUCCUGAGAGUAAGGCAGAAGUUGCCCCCAGAGAUUCUCCUGAGAUUUCAAAACCAGGGCUGUCAACCUAUGCAGUUUUUCCUCCCAACAAGGAGUCUGUUGUCAAUCAGAUCCCUGAGAAUAAUGUAGAAGAUGCGUUAGAAGAUGGUACCGUUGAAAGCACUAGUUGUCUUGUACCGGAACCUGCGAUUUCUUUUGCUCCAACUAGUGAGGCAUCUCCUGCAAAAAUCUUACCUGGUGAUACCACUGGUAACUCUGUAAUUUCAGAAAAGAGUCCUCAGGAUUAUCCUGGAGAAAAUCAUCAGGAAUUUGGUGGCUGUGGCAUGGCUGAAGUGUCUAAUUCACAGACCAUGCCUUUGAACGAGUCAUCAGAGAAUGGAUCUGCAACCCAACACCUUCCCACACAUGCUCCUACUAGUUCUGUAGAAUUAUCCUCUGUUAAGCUCUGGACAAAUGCUGGGCUCUUCGGACUUGAACCGUCUAAGCCUCCAGUUGGCAUAUGUCCUGGUUCUGCAAGCCAAAGCUACUCAGAGACUAAUCAAUCAGCCAUAAGAACACCUGAUGCAGUUUAUGGUCAAACAGACCGGCCCUCAGAUUCUUCCACAUAUUUCGAGCACAGGGAGCACAAAAAUUUGAAUGGCAAGCAAGCUUCAAUAAGUGAGCUCCUAGAAUCUGAAGGUAAUGCUGAAAAUGGUGCUGGAACAUACUCUGGCACUGACUUGGCUGGAAGGAAUAACUUGGACGUGGUGUCUGCAUCAAGCUUCUCGAGCAUUGCACAAAGAUUCCUUGCCAAUACACUUCAGAGAAGAACUUCUCCCAAAUAUAAUGAUCUCCCUAUCUCAUCUGGGAGAGUGAACACUGAUGCAAAUGGGUUUGAUGACGCUACUGUAAAUUCUACUCUUGCACCAAAGGAAGCAGUAUUUGAGGCAUCUCAGUUUGAGAAGAAAGCAGAUAAUGGCAUGGAUGGACUGCCCAAGUCAUCAAUCUUCUCUAGUCGCCAUUACUCUGAGAAAUCAUCUCCGCCACUAGAGCAUAUGAAAAUAUCCUUUCACCCCAUGAGUGCAUUUGAAACGUCAAAAUUGAACCUAGAUUUCUCUGAUGGCAACCUUCAUGAAAAUGUUGAUGAUAUGAUGUUACCAACAUUUCAGUUACUUCCAGGGUCUUCUGUCCCACAGCCCGGUAGUGGUUCUGAAUCAGAAGAUGACACCUUUGGUAGAUCUUAUAGUUAUUCUUCAUAUGAUGAUCUAAGUCCACGUUUAUAUUCAAACUCUGAGUUGUGGGAUCAAGAAGAUGGAAUUGGAUUGGAGGAUCAUGAGCUGUAUAAUGAUUCAAAUCAGAUAGGAUCCUCCACAACACCUGUCUCUAGCUAUAUGGGAUUCGAGCAGAUGAACUUAUCUGGUGAGAAGUCCACUGUUUCACUUUCAGAUAUUGGAGAUCAUAAUGGACUCGGCUUGUUAGAAUCCCAUCCUGCUGGAGAACUUCCGAACUUUGACACUUUGAUGUCAACAAGUAAUCUUCAAAAUGGAGAUGCGCUCAUUCCACAUAAUCCAGUCAAUUUAUCACCAGAUGAAGAUCAGAUGCCGCCGCCGCCUCCUCUUCCCCCAAUGCAGUGGAGGACAAUGAGACAAACAACUUCCCUGGAUGAAGAAAGAGACUCUACAGCUAAAGACAUACUUAAGAAUGCCUCAAGUCUACCACCUGUACACACUCCUGUGCAGGAACAACAUCUUCCGCCGUGUGCACCACCAUUUCCACAAGGAAAUGUCAAGGAAGUGAACCAUCAGAAAGUUGAUGUGAUCAAAGAAACGAGUAAUCUUCCUAAUAUAUUUGAGAUCAAAUCAAGCUUUCUUCAGCAAAUCAGGGAUAAGCCAGAUCUGCACAAGCUGAAUGGACAUGAAAAGCCCAAAGCAGUAUUCAAUGAUGUUAACAUUUUGGAUGAAAGGGGGGAGUUGCUUCAGCAAAUCAGGAGCAAGACAUUCAACUUAAGACGAACAAAUGGAUCUAAGACAAACACCUCAUCACAGUCAACCGAGUCCACUGCCAAUUCCAGCGUUGUAGCAAUUUUGGAGAAGGCGAAUGCAAUCCGGCAGCUCUUCAGCCAUCCUAAGCGUCGGUUCUCCAGAAGGAACAAAAAAGGGGAGCCAUAUUGGGCGCAGCAAUUUCAGUGGCCGACUUCGCAUAACCCUCACAGCAGCAGCAAAGGCCUGGAGAUUUUGGUCGAGGAGUGUCUGAGGGUGUCCGCCGAGUACCAGCGCGACUUGGGCGACCGGGCGGCGAAGCUUGGCGAGCUGGGGGCGCUGUUCACGAGCCUGGACGUGGGCGACGCCAUCAUGGUGUCCAGCUCCCUGUCGCACAUGCUCAACCUGGCCAACCUCGCGGAGGAGAUCCAGAUGGUGUACCAGAAGAAGAUGGAGACGAGCCGGCGCGGCGGCUUCGCCGACGAGGCCCUGGCGCCCACCGAGUCGGACAUCGACGAGACGUUCAAGCGGAUGGUGAGCGGGCUGGGCAAGACUCCCCAGGAGGUGUUCGACGCGCUCAGGUCGCAGACCAUCGACCUCGUCUUCACCGCGCACCCCACCCAGUCCAUCCGGCGCUCGCUCCUCGAGAAGCACGCCAGCAUCCGGACGUGCCUGACGCAGCUGUGCGUGGAGGGCGUCUCGGACAACGAGAAACAGGAGAUCGACGAGGCGCUUCAGAGGGAGAUCCUGGCGGCGUUCAGGACGGACGAGAUCCGGCGGACGCCGCCGACGCCGCAGGACGAGAUGCGGGCGGGGAUGAGCUACUUCCACGACACCAUCUGGAACGGCGUGCCCAAGUUCCUCCGGCGCGUGGACACGGCGCUCAAGAACAUCGGCAUCGACGAGCGACUCCCCUACGACGUCCCGCUCAUCCAGUUCUCCUCCUGGAUGGGCGGCGACCGCGACGGCAACCCCAGGGUCACCCCCGAGGUCACCCGGGACGUCUGCCUGCUCGCCAGGAUGAUGGCCGCCAACAUGUACUUCUCCAAGAUGGGCAGCCUCAUGUUCGAGCUUUCUAUGUGGCGCUGCAACGACGAGCUCCGGGCUCGCGCCGACGAGCUGCACCGGCUGUCCUCUCGGAAGUUCGCCAAAUACUACAUCGAGUUUUGGAAGAAGAUCUCUCCGCGGGAGCCCUACCGCAUCAUACUCGGCGAUGUGAGGGACAAGCUGUACAACACCUGCGAGCGUGCUCGAGAGAUCCUGUCCAAUGGAGAAUCGAGCAUCCCAGAAGAAGACACCUACACGAGGGUCGAGGAGUUCUUGGAGCCUCUGGAGCUGUGCUACCGAUCGCUGUGCGACUGCGGGGACAAGCUAAUCGCCGACGGCAGCCUGCUGGACUUCAUGCGCCAGCUGCUGCAGCGUGAGUGCGGCGUCAAGAAGCCCAUGCGAGUCGUGCCGCUGUUCGAGAAGCUGGCGGACCUUCAGCAGGCGCGCGCCACCAUGGAGCUCCUCUUCUCCAUCGACUGGUACAAGGAGAGGAUCAACGGCAAGCAGGAGAUCAUGAUCGGAUACUCGGACUCAGGCAAGGACGCCGGCCGGCUGUCGGCGGCGUGGCCCGGCGGCCUCGCCACGCUCCGGGAGAUGUACGACGAGUGGCCAUUCUUCCGCGUCACCAUCGACCUCCUCGAGAUGGUCUUCGCCAAGGGCGACCCCGGCAUCGCCGCGCUCUACGACAAGCUCCUCGUCCCCCAAGACCUCUGGCCCUUCGGCGAGCAGCUCAGAGCCAAUUACGCCGAGACACAGAGCCUCCUCCUAAAGGUUGCUGGGCACGAAGACCUGCUGGAGAGCGACCCGUACCUGAGGCAGCGGCUGUUGCUGCGGGACUCGUACAUCACGGCGCUGAACGUGUGCCAGGCGUACACUCUGAAGAGGAUCAGGGACGGCGAGUUCAGGCCGGCGACGCGGCCGCCGCUGUCCAAGGAGUUCAUCGACGAGACGGCAGAGAGCUUGAUGGAGCUCAACCCCAGCAGCGAGUACGACCCCGGGCUGGAGGACACGCUCAUCCUCACCAUGAAGGGAAUCGCCGCGGGCAUGCAGAACACGGGCUGA